AUCAACACUCAGCAACCUAUCAAUGGAUCCUGUUCGACCGCCCUUCAGGGGUCCUCCCCCUGUGUACCCUUCUCAUUGUAUACGGAUGCCAGGCUCUUGGCCACAAGCUCCUAAACCUUUGGACUCAGCUCUCCAUAAGGCAGGACCUGUAGGCAGAGGCUUUGCAUUUGGAAAGCCAGAGGAGCCAAGCCCACAGAAUGGGCUACAACAGAAGGAAUCUAUGGGUUUGAUCUCCAUGUUCCGAGGACUGGGUAUUGAAACGGUGUCCCAAAGUCCUCUGAAAAGGGAAAUGCCUCAUUUAGGUAGAGGCAUUUUAGGUCGAGGUUUAUCUACCAGUGUGGUGCACAAGGACAAAGAGGAACCUCGUCCUGCUUUUCCAGAUCCUUCAGUGUUGGCAGCGGGUGAUAACAAGAUGGCAGAGGCAUCUGUUGGUUGGAGUAGAAUGCUUGGAAGAGGUAAUUCGGAUGCGUCUUUAUUACCUUUGGGAAGAGCAGUUUGUGGUAUAGGCAGAGGAAUAUUUAAGACUCCCAAGGCUCCAGGCCCGAUUGCUAGGGAUCCUAUCCCACUGUCACCACCACCUCUGGCACCAUCUUCACCGAACUCAGUGGAUCACUCUACUAGAAUUGUAACUGUAGAGCACAAGGAAAAGGAGAUUUUUGUGAAACAAGGAUCAAAAGGAACCCCUCAAUCUUUAGGACUGAAUCUAAUCAAAAUACAGUGUCAUAAUGAAGCAGUUUAUCAAUAUCAUGUGACUUUCAGCCCCAAUGUGGAAUGCAAAAGCAUGAGAUUUGGCAUGUUGAGGGACCAUCAAACUGUCACUGGAAGUGUCACUGCUUUUGAUGGAUCCAUUCUCUAUCUACCUGUUAAGCUUCAACAAGUUCUUGAGUUAAAAAGUCAAAGGAAAACUGAUGGUAUCGAGAUCAGCAUUAGAAUUCAGUUGACAAAGAUCCUGGAGCCCUGUUCUGACUUGUGCAUUCCCUUCUAUAAUGUUGUUUUUCGUCGGGUAAUGAAACUUUUAGAUAUGAAACUUGUUGGAAGAAAUUUCUAUGACCCUACAAGUGCAAUGGUACUACAGCAACACAGAUUGCAGAUCUGGCCUGGCUAUGCAGCAAGUAUCCGGAGGACAGAUGGAGGUCUUUUCCUGCUAGCUGAUGUUUCCCAUAAAGUCAUUCGGAAUGAUUCUGUGCUGGAUGUCAUGCAUGCCAUGUACCAGCAGAGCAAAGAAAACUUCCAAGAUGAGUGCACUAAGCUUCUGGUUGGCAACAUUGUUAUAACCCGUUACAACAAUCGAACCUAUCGCAUUGAUGAUGUGGACUGGAAUAAAUCUCCAAAAGAUAGCUUCACAAUGUCUGAUGGAAAGGAGAUCACAUUCUUGGAAUACUACAGCAAAAACUAUGGAAUCACAAUUAAAGAAGAAGAUCAGCCAUUACUGAUCCACAGGCCCAGUGAGAGACAGAAUAACCAAGGGAUGCUUCUGAAAGGUGAAAUCCUUCUUCUGCCAGAACUUUCCUUCAUGACUGGGAUCCCUGAGAGGAUGAAGAAGGAUUUCAGAGCCAUGAAGGAUUUGACCCAGCAGAUCAACCUAAGCCCCAAACAGCACCACAGUGCUUUAGAAUGCUUGCUACAAAGAAUUUCAAAGAAUGAGAUAGCCACCAAUGAAUUAACACGUUGGGGCCUCUGUCUGCAAAAGGAUGUUCAUAAGAUUGAAGGACGUGUUCUACCAAUGGAAAGAAUUAACUUAAGAAAUACUUCAUUUGUCACUUCUCAGGAACUAAAUUGGGUUAAGGAAAUAACCAGAGACCUAUCCAUCUUGACUGUACCAAUGCAUUUCUGGGCACUGUUUUAUCCAAAAAGAGCAAUGGAUCAGGCCCGAGAACUGGUUAACAUGUUAGAGAAGAUAGCUGGCCCCAUUGGCAUGCGUAUGAGUCCACCGGCCUGGGUUGAACUAAAAGAUGACCGAAUAGAGACCUAUAUCAGAACCAUUCAGUCCAUGCUGGGAGUUGAGGGGAAAAUACAGAUGGUUGUUUGCAUCAUUAUGGGCACACGUGACGAUCUGUAUGGGGCCAUUAAAAAGCUGUGCUGUGUGCAGUCUCCCGUGCCUUCUCAGGUCAUCAACGUUCGAACCAUUGGUCAACCUGCCAGACUUCGGAGUGUAGCCCAGAAAAUCUUACUUCAGAUUAACUGUAAAUUGGGCGGUGAGCUUUGGGGAGUAGAUAUCCCUUUGAAACAAUUGAUGGUGAUUGGAAUGGAUGUUUACCAUGAUCCCAGCAGAGGCAUGCGCUCUGUUGUUGGCUUUGUUGCAAGCAUUAAUCUCACCCUCACAAAAUGGUAUUCACGAGUGGUAUUCCAGAUGCCUCAUCAGGAGAUUGUGGAUAGCCUGAAGCUGUGCUUGGUGGGCUCCUUAAAAAAGUUUUAUGAGGUGAACCAUUGUCUCCCAGAGAAGAUUGUGGUGUACCGUGAUGGAGUGUCUGAUGGCCAGCUAAAAACAGUUGCUAACUAUGAGAUUCCUCAGCUACAGAAGUGUUUUGAAGCUUUUGAGAACUACCAUCCCAAGAUGGUAGUAUUUGUAGUUCAAAAGAAAAUCAGCACCAAUCUGUACCUUGCUGCUACUGAGCACUUUGUGACUCCCUCCCCUGGGACUGUUGUAGAUCAUACAAUAACAAGCUGUGAUUGGGUGGAUUUCUACCUUCUUGCCCAUCAUGUACGGCAGGGUUGUGGCAUUCCAACACAUUAUAUCUGUGUUCUCAACACUGCAAACCUGAGUCCUGAUCAUAUGCAGAGGUUGACUUUCAAACUGUGCCACAUGUACUGGAAUUGGCCUGGUACCAUCAGAGUUCCAGCUCCUUGCAAAUAUGCCCACAAGCUAGCGUUCCUAUCAGGACAAAUCUUGCAUCAUGAACCAGCCAUCCAGCUGUGUGAGAACCUGUUCUUCCUGUGACAGGGUGAUCAGAAUGUGGGCAGAAUUAGAGAAUUCCACUGUGGCUUGUGCAGAUCCAACAGAGACUGACAGGGAUUUUGUGUUAGUGUUUUCUCCUUCAUCCAGUAGAGUAAGAUAACUUUUUCUCUCUUUUGAAUGGAUAUCGCUAAGAAGCAAGCUCCACUUUAAGUAUCAGCUGGAAAUUGCAUUGCUGUCUUUGUAGGGCAGUUGGGGACAGCAGUUGGGGACAGUUACUGCAGGGUGGAGUAGGUGCAUACCAGGGAGCCUCCACAGCAAAUGUAAGCUUGCAGAGGCAGCAGUCUCACCUAUAAGCUAUACUUAACUAAAUAAUUCCCUUUUUUAGUGCCAGAAGUGAUAAUGAACACAGUCAUUGAAUGUAACUUCAAAUAGAAAACUACUGUACUUUUCAAGUAUAAUAACAUUGCUGGUAUGUUUUAGAGGCUUAUAGGUAAAAACAGCUGGAGGCCUAAUCAAGCUCUUGCUGACCUGACCUUUUCUGGGGAUUGAGUUUAUUACACCUGUGACUUCAGAUGGCUUUGAAAGGAGCACUUAGAUAUUCUUUAGCUAUCCAUGACAGGGGCAGAUGCAGUUUUAACUGUAUUCAGAUGCUUUAUAGUAUGCCAUGUUGAUUUUUCCUACUAUACAUAUAUACAUACACCUCUGCUCAACAAUCUUUACUAAGUUUCAGUUUUUAAAUUAAGAAUCAGAACAUUUGAAAGUCAGCAAUUAAUAAGGUUCAAGAUGGAGUGUGAUUUUUUUCUUGAAACUUUUUUUGCAGGUGUGUGACCUUUUCUGUUGAUUUAAAUUCAUAACUUGAAGCACACUUAUUUCCCCUGCUCAGUAACUUCUUCCUGGCUGUUGACUCAUUUGUUAGAAUUUUUUCUGAAUCUAGGUUGAUAUUUACAGAAGUUGACAUUGGAAAAAAGACACUUCUGUCAAAGUCCAAACAUUUCAAGUUAGAAAUGGUAACAUGCUUGCAGGUUUCAGUGAAGCAUGUUUUUGUGUGUUUAUUUCCUCCCCACACCCUCCACUCACCUGUUUUAAAACAUUUUGCAUCUCAUCAGGGUUAAUAUAGUAUUACUUUGUUUUAAGUGAGUUUUAAAAGACAAUUUUAUUGAAACUUUUGUCUCUUUGGGGUGUGAUAGCAGGGGAGGGACAAAGCAGAAAUUCCCAUUAUAUUUGACUGUAUGAGAACAGAAAUUUUUUCUUAAAACACAGUACAAGAAGAAAAGCAAAGCAAGUUUUCACUUUGUCAAAACACCCACAGAACCUGAGCAAGGAAUUGAGUGUUGAUGGUCCUCAAGUGCAAUUCUGGUUUCAUUUGGAGUGUGGGAUGUAGGAUAAUAAUUCUAAAACCACUGAAUCAAAACUAUUUGGAUCACUGUUCUCUGGCUUAACAGAUCAGCUUUCUGGUUCUCUUUGGAAGUAUUUUGAAUUUAUCUUUUGUAUUGGAAUACCUAAUAUUCAUUUUUUUCUUCUACAAUCAGAAAAGACAAAUAUUUGAUGAUAAAACUUUCUUUGCUUUUAACUCCUGGUUUCCUUGCCUUGCUUUUCAAUUUUCAUGUCAAAUGAUUGGGUCAUGGUAUGGGAAAUAAAUUUAAAAAAUUGUAUAAA